UGCCAGGCCGCGGGUCCUCAGUCAAGUGACGCUGAGCGGCUGGCCGGGGCGCCGACUGCGAUGGAGCGGAAGGGCUGGAGAGUGGAUAUGCCGGGGGUCGUUCGCAUCCUCUCUCUGCUGCUGGUGUCCCUGCUGCUGGGCACUGCGCGCGGCUUGCGUAAUGUCUCCCAGAAGACGUUCACGAUCGACUACAACCGCCACUGCUUCCUCAAGGAUGGCCAACCGUUUCGCUACAUCUCGGGCAGCAUUCACUACUUCCGCGUGCCCCGCUUCUACUGGAAGGACCGGCUGCUGAAGAUGAAGAUGGCUGGGCUGAACGCCAUCCAGAUAUAUGUGCCCUGGAACUUUCACGAGCCCCAGCCAGGACAAUACCAGUUUUCCGAGGAUCAUGAUGUGGAAUAUUUCCUUCAGCUGGCACACGAGCUGGGGCUGCUCGUGGUCCUGAGGCCCGGACCCUACAUCUGUGCGGAGUGGGACAUGGGAGGAUUGCCUGCUUGGCUCUUAGAGAAGGAAAAUAUUGUGCUCCGUUCUUCUGACCCAGAUUACCUUGCAGCUGUGGACAAGUGGUUGGGAGUCAUUCUGCCCAAGAUGAAGCCUCUUCUCUAUCAGAAUGGAGGGCCGAUUAUAACAGUGCAGGUGGAAAAUGAGUAUGGCAGCUACUUCGCCUGUGACUAUGACUACCUGCGUUUCCUGCAGACGCGCUUCCGCUACCACCUGGGGAACGAGGUGACUCUGUUCACCACCGAUGGCUCGAAUGAGAAACUUGUGCAGUGCGGGGCGCUGCAGGGGCUGUACGCCACCGUGGACUUUGGACCAGGUGCCAACAUCACAGAUGCUUUCCUAAUCCAGAGGAAGUAUGAACCCAAAGGACCCUUGAUCAAUUCUGAAUUCUACACGGGCUGGUUAGACCAUUGGGGCCAGCCUCACUCAACAGUCAAGACCGAAGCAGUAGCAUCCUCCCUCCAGGAAAUACUUGCCCAUGGGGCAAACGUGAACUUGUACAUGUUUAUAGGUGGGACCAAUUUUGCCUAUUGGAAUGGGGCCAACACGCCCUACCAACCACAGCCCACCAGCUACGACUAUGACGCCCCACUGAGUGAGGCAGGGGACCUCACCGAGAAGUAUUUUGCUGUGCGAGAUGUUAUUCGGAAGUUUGAAAAAGUACCAGAAGGUCCUAUCCCUCCGUCCACACCCAAGUUUGCUUAUGGAAAAGUUGCUCUGAAAAAGUUAAAGACAGUGGAGGAGUCACUGAACAUUCUGUGUCCCAACGGGCCUAUUAAAAGCGUUUACCCCUUGACAUUUAUCCAGGUUAAACAGUAUUUUGGGUUUGUGCUGUACCGAACCACACUUCCUGAGGACUGCAGCAACCCCACGCCCCUCUCCUCACCCUUCAGUGGCGUCCACGACCGGGCCUACGUCUCUGUGGAUGGGGUCCCCCAGGGCAUCCUCGACCGAAGCAAUGUGAUCACUCUGAACAUAACAGGGAAAGCCGGAGCCACUCUGGACCUGCUGGUGGAGAACAUGGGACGCGUGAACUAUGGCCAUUUUAUCAAUGAUUAUAAGGGCCUGAUUUCUAACCUGACCCUCAACUCCACUAUCCUCACGGACUGGAUGAUCUUCCCGCUGGACACCGAGAGUGCAGUGUGCCACCUGGGGGGCUGGCAUGGCAGUGACCACGGAAGCCGCCAUGAUAAAGCUGGCCCCCUUGGCGCAUCUAACUACACGGUCCCGGCCUUCUAUGUGGGAAACUUCUCCAUUCCCAGUGGAAUCCCAGACCUGCCCCAGGACACCUUUAUCCAGUUUCCUGGAUGGACCAAGGGUCAGGUGUGGAUAAACGGCUUUAACCUCGGUCGUUACUGGCCAGCACGGGGCCCCCAGAUGACCUUGUUUGUGCCACGGCACAUCCUGGUGACGUCAGCCCCGAACACCAUCGCAGUGCUCGAGCUGGAACGCGCACCCUGCAGCGACAGUCCCCCCGAACCGUGCACUGUGGAGUUCGUGGACAAGCCGGUUAUCAGUGCAGCUGUGGCCUACAGCCCUCUCUUUCAAGACCUGCCUGAUCAAGACUUAUGACAACACCAUGGACAAUGACAAAAGCCUGUGAUUCUUUGCAGCACUGGCCUUUCACAUACCUCCCAUGUCCCCUUGCAGUGGCAACAUUCACUGGAGACUUCGACCAGAGAAGAGAUUCGGCCUGUACAUUUUCCCCCGAGGAUUCCCGCCACUUUGCAGCGGCUGACCCGCCCCUGCCAAGGGCUGCGUGGCCGUGCGCCGGGGGUGGGAGCACCGGGAGCACAGCGGUACUCGGGCGUGUCUGCAGCGCGGGAACAGAAGCUUUCGAGGUGUUUCUGAUUUUUAU